AUGAAGCUUGGCGUCCCAUACCAGCCCAAUGGAAACCCCAUCCCUUUCUGGCGUAACUUGUUACGCACAGACUUCCGUGACUGGGCCGGGGCGGUCCAUAGCCCAUCCAUAGACGUGGCCGUCGUAUGCUGUGCUGCGUUCGCUGGCGCAGUGUCCGGUGUGGAGAGAGAGAGGGCGAAGUUUGCUGUGCCUGCAUUGCAGCCUCAGCGCUGCUGGAAUCGAACACAACAAUGGCGACUCCCAGUUCCAACAGCAACUCAACAACCUCCAGCGGCAACAGCAACAUUGCAGGAUCCACCUCGCACCACCAUCACCCGCAAACACAACACAUGACCACCGUCAGCAGCAUGCAAGGUUAGAGCAGAUGCCCUAAAUGUCGAUUUUCUACUUGAUCAGAGCUAUUUAGCUGUUGGAAAACAUGACUUGGCUAGCCUAACUACCAUUGCCCCGAGGCUAAGCUACAUAGCAGAGAUUCAGUGUGGCUAACUAUAUAUCCUGCUAAAUGUAGUGCCUCGGCCAUUUGUUGCAACAUUGUAAUUUUCUGCGCGAUGUAUUGUAACAAUGUUACAGUCGCUGAUAUGUAAACGCGCCAUCUGAAAAGUGUUACAUAGUAGUUACGGACGUUCCACUGCAAUUGAGUUUCCAUCAAUCGAUGUUAGCUGCUGCAUGCACCACUAAACCCAAGGCCUAGUACCAGAUUGAGAAAUUGAUGUUUCCCCUUUCACAAAACCUACGUAUUUACUACUGUAUUGUUAGUAACAUUAAUUAUGUAGAUAAUAACGAUUAAAUGAUUUUGUUUUCUAUAUAUAUAUAUUUUACCUCGGAAUCAAUGAGGCAUAAUUGGGCAUCGAAAUGUUAACUGUCAGUGGUAUAUUUUGAUUGACACCAUCGUAUUAUAUGUUGUGAUCAGUGUUAGUGCUAUCUACUUUGUGUGUAUCUGUCUGAAAUGUCCAGCUUCAACUCUUUUAUUUAAACGUUUCAGAAACCAACACGUGCUGGAGGUGUCAAAACGAAACAGGUACUAUUUAAAAAUAAAUAAAAAAUAAAGGAUUUCAGUAGGAUAUUACUAGGUUGAUGUGAUAUUCUGUUGAUCAUAGUGGAAUAUGAUUCACCAUUGUUUUGCUCCCCAUUUCCCUUUUGUGUUUGAUUUCCUCAUUGGUUUCCUAUUCUGUAGUACAUUGAGUGUUUCCAUUAAUUGGUAGAGGUUAGAGAUUUCCCCACCAUUCCAUAGCUACUGAACUAAACAUAUGAUUGUAUAUGAGGCCCAAUAUCUUUGACAACUAUGUGUAGGGUACCCAUAAACACACAUAAAUAACAUAACCCUUGAAAGCUAGGGUUGCACAGUCAUAGUACAUUGAUUACUUCCAUCCAGGUUAUAUAGUGACCACACAACAGGAAGAUAUCUCUCUCUAAAUUUCUCUCUCUCUCUCUAAAUUUAACUGGCUUAAUUCCUAAUCACAGGGAUAACCAGAUUUUCUAAACUAUUGGAAAACUCCCAACGUUUUAGAGUAGAAAAGCAAAAAGCCGAAAUGUAGUAAAAUGUAUUUUCUUUACUUUAGGGUUUCAGAUAAGCCUGUCUGGAGUGCCCCAAAGUAAGCAUUAACGCUCUCGUAUCACACCAACCCUUUCUGUCUCUCUGUGGGUGCAUCCCAAUAGUCUGAAGUGGCUUCCUCUCCUUGUCUCCUUUCCUCCAUCUGCAAUGACUGGACAGGUAAAAGCAAAUACUUGGUUGGUAUUGACCAUAUCUCUUUUACCUAGUAUGUGUUGGCAGAGCCGUGAAGGAGAGGAGACAAGGUAGGUGAGGGAGGAGACGAGGAGUUGAAGCCACUCUAGACUAUUGAGAUACAGCCUGUGUGAUUCUCUGCUAGUGGGGCGGUCUGUCCACUGUUCUCUGUUCUGUGUUGACUAAUCUAAUCCAAGGUGGAGCGUUAGUUUGGGUUAGGACCCAUUUACAUCUGGGCAUAAUGGUUAAAGGGACCAUUAGUACUGCACCUCUGAUUGAGCUCUGUAGGCCACUGUACUGUGGAUGUCAAAGAAGACCCCAGGCUCCCAUCUCAUCCUCAACAUGAUCAUCUAGUGGAAUACUUAACAGUUAUUCUGUUAUAUACAGCGCACUCGGAAAGUAUUCAGACCCCUUCCCCUUUUUCUACAUUUUGUUACGUUACAGCCUUAUUCUAAAAUGGAUACAAUUAUUUAUUUUUCCCCUCAGCAAUCUACACACAAUACCCCAUAAUGGCAAAGCCAAAACUGAUUUUAGAAUGUUUUGCAAAUGUAUAAAAAGUAUUCAGACCCUUUGCUAUGAGACUCGAAAUUGAGCUCAGGUGCAUCCUGUUUCCAUUGAUCAUCCUUGAGAUGUUUCGACAACUUGGAGUCCACCUGUGGUAAAUUCAAUUGAUUGGACAUGAUUUGGAAAGGCACACACCUGUCUAUAUAAGGUCCCACAGUUGACAGUGCAUGUCAGAGCAAAAACCAACCCAUGAGGUCGAAGGAAUUGUCCGUAGAGCUCCAAGACAGGAUUGUGUUGAGGCACCGAUCUGGGGAAGGGUACCAAAACAUUUAUGCAGAAUUGAAGGUCCCCAAGAACAGUGGCCUCCAUCAUUCUUAAAUGGAAGAAGUUUGGAACCACCAAGACUCUUCCUAGAGCUGGCCACCCGGCCAAACUGAGCAAUCGGGGUAGAAGGGCCUUGGUCAGGGAGGUGACCAAGAACCCGAUGGUCAGUCUGACAGAGCUCCAGAGUUCCUCUGCGGAGAUGGGAGAACCUUCCAGAAGGACAACCAUCUUUACAGCACUCCACCAAUCAGGCCUUUAUGGUAGAGUGGCCAGACAGAAGCCACUCCUCAGUAAAAAGCACAUGACAGCCCACUUGGAGUUUGCCAGAAGGGACCUAAAGAAACAAGAUUCUCUGGUCUGAUGAAACCAAGAUUAAACUCUUUGGCCUGAAUGCCAAGCGUCACGUCUGGAGGAAACCUGGCAUCAUCCCUACGGUUAAGCAUGGUGGUGGCAGCAUCAUACUGUGGGGAUGUUUUUCAGCAGCAAGGACUGAGAAACUAAUUAGGAUCGAGGGAAAGAUGAACGGAGCAAAAUACAGAGAGAUCCUUGAUGAAAGCCUGCUCCAGAACGCUCAGGACCUCAGACUGGGGUGAAGGUUCACCUUCCAACAGGACAACGACCCUAAGCACACAGCCAAGACAACGCUGGAGUGGCUUCGGGACAUGUCUCUGAAUGUCCUUGAGUGACCCAGCCAGAGCACGGACUUGAACCCGAUCGAACAUCUCUGGAAAGACCUGAAAAUAGCUGUGCAGCGACGCUCCCCAUCCAACCUGACAGAGCUGGAGAGGAUCUGCAGAGAAGAAUGGGAGAAACUCCCAAAUACAGGUGUGUGAAACUUGUAGCGUCAUACCCGAGAAGACUCGAGGCUGUAAUUGAUGCCAAAGGUGCUUAAACAAAGUACUGAUUAAAGGGUCUGAAUACUUAUGUAAAUGUGAUAUUUCCGUUUUUUUUUAAAUUAUACAUUUGCACAAAAUAUGCGUUUGUACUUUGUGAGGGGAAAAAAAACGAUUUAAUCCAUUUAAGAAUAAGGCUGUAACGUAACAAAAUGUGGCAAAAGUCAAGGGGUCUGAAUACUUUCCGAAUGCGCUGUACAGCCUGAUAAAAGACCAUGAUAGAAAAACAGAAACAUUAAGCACUUCUUAAAGAGUCAAAAGAUAUGUGCUAUGCUAGUGCAGAAUAGUUGAUACCUUGCUGUCUCGUUUGGAAGUCGUAUAAUGUUUGAGGCUGUUGGUAGGUGUCCUCUUUGACAAGUCUAGUACUUCAGCCACUGCACAAUGACAACAAACUAUGGGAAUGUCUUGAAGGGGUUCCCAAUGCAUGCAGGUGUGCACUGCUAUCAAAUCAUGCUGGGUUAAUGUUGUACUUGUAAUUCAAUGUUGACACAGGCCGUUGUGUCUGCAUUUCCAUGGCAAUUGGGAACCCGUGUGUUUGUGGGCACAUUGCUUGUGUUUAUAUUGCAUCAUGUUUGUGUUCUGGCAAAAUCCAAGCCUGAAAAGCACUGUCUCUCUCUGAGCAUGGGUAAUGACACAUUGAUAUAGCUAUAAUUAUUAUUUUCCAGUCACUAGUACUUUAAUUUACAGAAAUUCACACUUCAUUUACACUUCAUUUACACUGAAACUCAACUUACUCUCAGCGACUUCUCCUGGUUACAUGACUUAGUGGGGUUUGUGGCUUACUAGUUUUUAUUGAAAGGGUUCUCACUAGCUAGGUUUCCAUCCAAUUGGUGACAGAUUUUCAUGUGAAUAUUCUAAAAUCCGCAUAAAUAAAAUAUGUGCAUUUUCCCCACCAGCGGUGUGUUUCCACCAAAUGGAUAAAUAUCAAUGUGAGAUGCCGUAGUGCACACAAAAUGUACUUUUUGCUUAAGUUUUCAUGUACCGAAUACAAAUCUAAAAUUCAAUGUGUUUCCAUCUCUUUUUCAACUCUACCGAUUAGUUUUGUCACAAAUAGCAAAUGUGUUAAAUAGCAAAUGAGCCUCCUUUGUUCCUGGCAGCAUGUGCGCUCUAGACAACAGCUCCCAGAUACAGUGCGGUUAGGCUAGUCUACAUGAUGAGAUUAUUAUGGAUAAGGCUGUCAAAAGGCAGUCGAUAAUAAUGUCACCAGAAUUAGACCCUCAAUAUUUAUUGGAAAGCAGCAUCAAGCUCAUCAGCCUGCACUUUCACCACCCUGUUAAGUUCAUCAUAACUUAUUUCAUCUGAAGCCUAAUAAACUGCAUGGUUUCCCGAGUCGAAGUGGAAGGACCACACGCCAUAUCGUCGCGUGAUUCCAAGUUUACUUUGAUAUGAUGGUUUUUAUAUCAAUAUUUGCACAUAAAGGCAUUUCCACCGCCAUUUCUCGCAUAAUUAAUUUUACUGACACAAAAACAUCCCACCAUGUCAAACGAACAAAUUAUCUGUCGGCAUUUAUAAAAUUAUACAGAAACUUCCUGUUUCCAUCCCAUCUCUCGUGAUUAAAAAAAUAAAAAAUACGGUACGACUUCACUCGCGUGAAAACUGGAUGGAAACGUGGUUAUUGGGCUCACUUCAUGAAACAGUCCAUGGGAUACUGAAAACGGUUUCCUUAUCUGUUCGGUUCCAUCCCCAUAUAAUUCUGAUUCCAUGUCCCAUCCACCUGCUCCCUCACCCUAACCAGCAUGUGUUGUGUACGAACUGUUUCCUCCUCUCUAUCUGCCAGGUAAACGUAAAGCCCUGAAGCUGAACUUCGCCAACCCUCCAGUGAAGCCAGCUACCAGGUUGCCCCUUAACCCCUCACCUUCAACCGCCCCCUCCUUCCAGAACCCACAUAUGUAAGUGCUGUGGAGAGCGGGUCAGAAAAUGCCCACUUACCUUAGUGCUAGUCUGAUUGUCAGUAAGAGGGCUGUUUUCAAGGGGUUGUCGAGCCCUGAUAGUCCUAGUCCAAGCUUCUAACUUAUUGUAGUUAGGUUAUGUAUUUCUGUUGGCUAAGCUUUAUUGUUGUAGAUAAAACGUCAUCUUCACACAGUCUGUAGGUGCACACGGUAGGGUACUGUCUGUGUGAAGGAAAGGGUUUUAGACAGCUCUGAGAAUACAGUAAAAUGGCUGUGCAGGAUUGGUCAGCAUCUUCAGUAUGGUCUGCUAUCGAGGAAAAAACCAAGACGUUGAGAUUGUAAAGGAGGUGUCCUCUAAAUGUCUAAAUAAGGUUUAGAAAUCACUUCCUCGUGUGUAUGAUGUGCUCCCCUCUCUGCCCCAUACACUCUUCUUCAUUCUCUCUCUCUCUCUCCUCUAUAUCCCUUCCUCCUCCUUCUCUAUUCCUCUUUUACACUUCCUCCUCUCCCUCCCCUUCCUCCUCUCCCUCCCCUUCCUCCUCUCCCUCCCCUUCCUCCUCUACAGAGAGCGUAUGAGGACGCACAGUAUCGAGUCGUCGGGGAAGCUGAAGAUUUCUACGGAGAAUGCCUGUGACUUCACGGCCGAGGACCUGAGGGACCUGGGAGAGAUAGGACGCGGGGCCUACGGCUCCGUCAACAAGAUGCAGCACAAACCCAGCGGACAGAUCAUGGCCGUCAAGGUGACCGCACCAGCUGCUCUCAUCCUCACCGACUGAGACAGUCCAAGUGAAAUACUAACGUUGAUAUACUGUAGUCUAUGCACCUCGUAAAUCGGAUUGAUGUUUAUGGGAGACGUGUGACAGUUUGAUUAAGAGUGGCACCUCCCAAGUGGCGGUCUAAGGCACUGCAUCGCAGCACUUUUGAGGCGUCACUACAGACCCGGGUUCGAUCCCGGGCUGUGUCACAACCGGCCGUGACCGGGAGUCCCAUAGGGCGGCGCAUAAUUGGCCCAGCGUCGUCCGGGUUAGGGGAGGGUUUGGCCGGGUGGGGGGGCUUUUCUUGGCUCAUCGCGCUCUAGCGACUCCUUGUGGCGGGCCGGGCGCCUGCAGGCUGACCUCGGUCGUCAGUUGAACGGUGUUUCCUCCGAUACAUUGGUGCACCUGGCUUCCGGGUUAAGCGGGCGGGUGUUAAGGAGCGCGGUUUGGCGGGUCAUGUUUCGGAGGACGCAUGACUUGACCUUCGCCUCUCCCGAGCCCGUUGGGGAGUUGCAGCGAUGAGACAAGAUCGUAAUUGGAUCACAAUUUGGAUAUCACAAAAUUGGGGAGAAAAAGGGGGUAAAUAGAACAACAAAACAGGUUCACAUCUCACAAGUAUGAGACCUGGUCAAAUAUUGUCUUGAUGGAUGGUAGACGUCUUCAUCAGGUGACGACUAUAAACUGAUCUCUAAGCUGUUGAUAGUUUCCUCUAUUUCUGCUGAACACAUGUCGUCCCCCCCCCCCAGAGGAUUCGCUCCACGGUGGAGGAGAAGGAACAGAAGCAGCUGCUGAUGGAUCUAGACGUGGUGAUGAGGAGUAGCGACUGUCUCUACAUCGUCCAGUUCUAUGGAGCUCUCUUCAGAGAGGUGACACUGUCAAAUCACAUUUGGAUUUGUCACACGCUUCGUAAACAACAGGUGUAGUCUAACAGUGAAAUGCUUACUAUUUACGGGCCCUUCCCAACAACGCAGAAAAAAUUAUAGAAAGAUAAUAACAUGAGGAAUAAAUCCACAAUGAGUAACGAUAACUUGGCUAUAUACAGUACAUGGGGUACCAGUACCGAGUCGAUUGAGGUCGCUAUGUACAUUUGGGUAGGAAUAAAGUGACUAGGCAACAGGAUAGAUAAUCAAUCAAAUCUUAUUUGUCACAUGCGCCGAAUACAACAGGUGUAGACCUUACAGUGAAAUGCUUACUGACAAGCCCUUAACCAACAAUGCAGUUUGAAGAAUAACAAGUGUUAUGUAAAAAAUCAUUAAAAAGCAGCAGUAAAAUAACAGUAGGGAGGCUAUAUACAGGGGGUACCGGUACAGAGUCAAUGUGUAAUAACAGUAGGGAGGUUAUAUACAGGGGGUACCGGUACAGAGUCAAUGUGUAAUAACAGUAGGGAGGUUAUAUACAGGGGGUACCGGUACAGAGUCAAUGUGUAAUAACAGUAGGGAGGUUAUAUACAGGGGGUACCGGUACAGAGUCAAUGUGUAAUAACAGUAGGGAGGUUAUAUACAGGGGGUACCGGUACAGAGUCAAUGUGUGAUAACAGUAGGGAGGCUAUAUACAGGGGGUACCGGUACAGAGUCAAUGUGUGAUAACAGUAGGGAGGCUAUAUACAGGGGGUACCGGUACAGAGUCAAUGUGUAAUAACAGUAGGGAGGUUAUAUACAGGGGGUACCGGUACAGAGUCAAUGUGUAAUAACAGUAGGGAGGCUAUAUACAGGGGGUACCGGUACAGAGUCAAUGUGUAAUAACAGUAGGGAGGCUAUAUACAGGGGGGUACCGGUACAGAGUCAAUGUGCGGGGGCACCGGCUAGUCGAGGUAAUUGAGGUAAUAUGUACAUGUGGGUAGAGUUAAAGUGACUAUGCAUAAAUAAUUAACAGAGUAGCAGCAGAGUAAAAGAGGGGGAUGGGGUGGGGGGGCAGUGCAAAUAGUCUGGGUAGCCAUGAUUAGCUGUUCAGGAGUCUUAUGGCUUGGGGGUAGAAGCUGUUAAGAAGCCUUUUGGACCUAGACUUGGCACUCCGGUACUGCUUGCUGUGCGGUAGCAGAGAGAACAGUCUAUGACUUGGGUGGUCUUUGGCAAUUUUUAGGGCCUUCCUCUGACACCGCCUAGUAUAUACAGUUGAAGUCGGAAGUUUACUUGCACUUAGGUUGGAGUCAUUAAAACUCAUUUUUUAACCACUCCACAAAUUUCUUGUUAACAAACUAUACUUUUGGCAAGUCGGUUAGGACAUCUACUUUGUGCAUGACGCAAGUAAUUUUUCCAAUAAUUGUUUACAGACAGAUUAUUUCACUUAUAAUUCACUGUAUCACAAUUCCAGUGGGUCAGAAGUUUACAUACACUAAGUUGACUGUGCCUUUAAACAGCUUGGAAAAUUCCAGAAAAUUAUGUCAUGGCUUUAGAAGCUUCUGAUAGGCUAAUUGACAUCAUUUGAGUCAAUUGGAGGUGUACCUGUGGAUGUAUUUCAAGGCCUACCUUCAAACCCAGUGCCUCUUUGCUUGACAUCAUGGGAAAAUAAAAAGAAAUCAGCCAAGACCUCAGAAACAAAAUUGUAGACCUCCACAAGUCUGGUUCAUCCUUGGGAGCAAUUUCCCUUUUGUGGGGAAGAACUCAUUCUGACUGGCUGGGUCUGGCUCUGGCUCCACAGUGGGUGCGACCCUGCCCAGUCAUGUGAAAUCCAUAGAUUAGGGCCCAAUUUAUUUAAUUCAAUUGACUGAUUUCCUUAUAUGAACUGUAACUCAGUAAAAUCAUUGAAAUUGUUGCAUGUUGCGUUUAUACACUACAUGACCAAAAGUAUGUGGACACCUGCUCGUCGAACAUCUCAUUCAAAAAUCAUGGGCAUUAAUAUGGAGUUGGUCCCCCCUUUGCUGCAAUAAUAGCCUCCACUCUUCUGGGAAGGCUUUCCACUAGAUGUUGGAACAUUGCUGUGGGGACUUGCUUCCAUUCAGCCACAAAAGCAUUAGUGAGGUCGGGCACUGAUGUUGGGCGAUUAGGCCUGGCUCGCAGUUAGCUGUCCAAAUCAUCCCAAAGGUCUUUGAUGGGGUUGAGGUCAGGGCUCUAUUUAGGCCAGUCAAGUUCUUUCCAUACCUAUCUCGACAAACCAUUUCUGUAUGGACCUCGCUUUGUGCACGGGGGCAUUGUCAUGCUGAAACAGGAAAGGGCCUUCCUCAAACUGUUGCCACAAAGUUGAAAGCACAGAAUUGUCUAGAAAUCAUUGUAUGCUGUAGCGUUAAUAUUUCCCUUCACUGGAACUAUGGGGCCUAGCCCGAACCAUGAAAAACAGCCACAGACCAUUAUUCCUCCUCCACCAAACUUUACAGUUGGCACUAUGCAUUGGGGCAGGUAGCAUUCUCCUGGCAUCUGCCAAACCCAGAUUAGUCCGUCGGACUGCCAGAUGGUGAAGCGUGAUUCAUCACUCCAGAGAACGCGUUUACACUGCUCCAGAGUCCAAUGGCGGCGAGCUUUACACCCCUCCAGGCGAUGCUUGGCAUUGCGCAUGGUGAUCUUAGGCUUGUGUGUGGCUACUCGGCCAUGGAAACCCAUUUCAUUAACCUCCUGACGAACAGUUCUUGUGCUGACGUUGAUUUCAGAGGCAGUUUGGAACUGUAGUGAGUGUUGCAACCGAGGACAGACGAUUUUUACGCGCUUCAGCACUCGGCGGUCCCAUUCUGUGAGCUUGUGUGGCCUACCACUUCGCGGCUGAGCCCUUGUUGCUCCUAGACAUUUCCACUUCACAAUAACAGCACUUACAGUUGAUUGGGGGCAGCUCUAGCAGGGCAGAAAUUUGACAAACUGACUUGUUGGAAAGGUGGCAUCCUAUGACGGUGCCACGUUGAAAGUCACUGAGCUCUUCAGUAAGGCCAUUCUACUGCCAAUGUUUGUCUAUGGAGAUUGCAUGGCGGUGUGCUCGAUUUUAUGUACCUGUCAGCAACGGGUGUGGCUGAAGUGGCCGAUUCCCCUAAUUUGAAGGGGUGUCCACAUACUUUUGUAUAUAUUGUGUAUGUUAGUUCAGUAUAUAUAGUCCAGUUAUACAGACUGACUGUAUAUUAUGUAUUAGGAGUAGUGACUGUCUUUAUAUAGUCCAGUUCUACAGACUGACUGUAUAUUAUGUAUUAGGAGUAGUGACUGUCUUUAUAUAGUCCAGUUCUACAGACUGACUGUAUAUUAUGUAUUAGGAGUAGUGACUGUCUUUAUAUGUCCAGUUAACAGACUGACUGUAUAUUAUGUAUUAGGAGUAGUGACUGUCUUUAUAUAGUCCAGUUCUACAGACUGACUGUAUAUUAUGUAUUAGGAGUAGUGACUGUCUUUAUAUAGUCCAGUUCUACAGACUGACUGUAUAUUAUGUAUUAGGAGUAGUGACUGUCUUUAUAUAGUCCAGUUCUACAGACUGACUGUAUAUUAUGUAUUAGGAGUAGUGACUGUCUUUAUAUAGUCCAGUUCUACAGACUGACUGUAUAUUAUGUAUUAGGAGUAGUGACUGUCUUUAUAUAGUCCAGUUCUACAGACUGACUGUAUAUUAUGUAUUAGGAGUAGUGACUGUCUUUAUAUAGUCCAGUUCUACAGACUGACUGUAUAUUAUGUAUUAGGAGUAGUGACUGUCUUUAUAUAGUCCAGUUCUACAGACUGACUGUAUAUUAUGUAUUAGGAGUAGUGACUGUCUUUAUAUAGUCCAGUUCUACAGACUGACUGUAUAUUAUGUAUUAGGAGUAGUGACUGUCUUUAUAUAGUCCAGUUCUACAGACUGACUGUAUAUUAUGUAUUAGGAGUAGUGACUGUCUUUAUAUAGUCCAGUUCUACUGGGUUGUCUUCAGAGAGGUGAGAAUAACUCAUUAGAGAGGUUCAGUCCUUGGGGCGGUAGUUAUUCUCAAUGUUUGUUUGGGUGGUGGCUGGAUAUAUUGUUUUGUAUAAUGAAUGAUAAUAAAUAAAUGAUAAUCAAUAAUGAAAUCUCUCUCUUUUCAGGGCGACUGUUGGAUAUGUAUGGAACUAAUGUCUACCUCAUUCGACAAAUUCUACAAAUAUGUAUAUUGUUCGUUAGAUGACGUCAUUCCAGAGGAAAUAUUAGGCAAAAUUACAUUAGCAGUGAGUGAUUAUAUUAUUUUCUGUGAAUAUAAUCUGUUUCUAACAUAAUGCAGUUGAUGGAGGUCACAGAUUGUAAGGAAAUUGUUUUGUUUGUUUCUUUGUACAGACCGUUAAAGCACUGAACCACUUAAAAGAAAACUUGAAAAUAAUUCACAGAGGUAAGUCUUAAGUUGUCAGAUAACAUCUUUUGGAGUUUGGCCAUAUUUGUAGAAAUGAUUCUUCCAGCUAUGUUUGGUGUAUGAACUCUAAAACGGCUGUAUGUUUGUGUGCUCGCAGACAUCAAACCUUCCAACAUUCUCAUGGACCGUAACGGCAACAUCAAGCUGUGUGACUUUGGCAUCAGCGGCCAGCUGGUGGACUCCAUAGCCAAGACCAGAGAUGCAGGCUGCAGGCCCUACAUGGCAGUAAGUCUGUAAAUUUUUUGUGUGUGAAAAUCUCACUAAAAUGUGAAGCUAGGAUUCGGUUCCUGAAUUAUCCGGUAUAUCAUAUUUAAGUUGUGCUGUUGGUUAAGUAGUUUUUCUGUUAUUUUCCUGUGUCCCAGCCAGAGAGGAUAGACCCCAGUGCUUCCAGACAAGGCUACGACGUCCGAUCUGACGUGUGGAGUUUGGGGAUCACCCUGGUUAUUAUUUAAUUCAUACGUUGAUUUGAUGCCCUCCAAUGGGACCGGAGAAAAACAGCUGUACUAUGUUUCCAAACAAAUGUUAUAACCUGGCUGCACUGUUAUUGAUAACAAUCUGUACACUAAUAAAUACAUAAAUACAAUAAAUACAUAACAAUAAAUACACACAAUCUAACUAUUUCUAAACCCUUGUUGUUGGUGGUAGUCAAUGAGUAAUUGCAUUUCUCCUUGUCUAAUGGCGGUCUGUGUCUCUGUGUGUCCAGUAUGAGUUGGCCACCGGGAGAUUCCCGUACCCCAAGUGGAAUAGCGUGUUUGACCAGCUAACUCAGGUGGUGAAGGGCGAGCCGCCACAGCUCUGCAACUCUGAGGACAGACAGUUCUCCCCCAAGUUCAUCAACUUUGUCAAUUUAUGGUGAGUAUCACCUCUGGUGAAAGCAGACUACCCCUCCCUCCAGUGGAUAUGCUACUGCACGAUGACUCUCACCUAGAGGAUUCGGCAUUGUUUUUUGCUGCCCCCUCCUGGUAGAGUGGUGAAAAGGCAUAUUUUCUGUUUCUGUCGUCUUGCUAGUUGCUUCUUCUCUUGUUCUACAGCCUCACAAAGGAUGAGUCAAAACGGCCCAAGUACAAGGAGCUCCUGGUAAGUUUGUGUGUCUUUCUAUGAUAGGACUUGAUGUUAUGCUUGUGGAUUUCACUGUGUAUUGACUGCUAUGUGGGCAACAGUAAAGCUUGACCUAGUUUCUAUGUGACUGAGGUAAUGUUUGUGGCCCCCAGAAACACCCGUUCAUCCUGAUGUACGAGGAGAGGUUUGUGGACGUGGCCAGCUACGUGUGUCGCAUCCUGGACCAGAUCCCAGCCUCCCCCAUCUCCCCC